GAGAGAGUCAGAGAGAGGAGGGGUGAGAAAAGAGAAGCCGGAUGGAUUUCUUGUAAAUCAGCAUACCGAAAAAAAAAAAAGAAAGAGAGAAAGAAAGCAUACCGAACGUCCAAUGAAAUUGAUGCUGGCAGAACGCCAGCAUCAAAGAUAUACAGAGAGAGGGGAAGCGAGCGAGAGCGGGAGAAAAAGAGAGGGAGGAGCUGAACGAAUAGGACGUUUGUAUGCGAGUACGCAAAACACACACACAGGCACGGAGGUAGAAAUCAUGCACAGAGUCCCUCAUGAGCCUGGAACGAAUAGGGAAGCGAGGAACCAGGAGGAAUGAACGAUUCUGUGCAUCCGCAGAGCUGCGUCUGAAAGAUGGCACAGAGGUACUUUAACUCCACCCUGCCCUUCUCCAUGUCCAUAAACCAACCUAAAGUCAAGGUCCAAGGCUGCCUCGCUUCCAACCUCGAGCCUAUCUUGUCUCUCAGCUCUGGGAAGGACGAUAAACAGCCCGACUUUAAAAACUACAUUUCGAAAGUCAUCUCUUAUGGAACUGCCAAACAUAUAGACACGGUACCACUGGGCACGGAGAAGCCUUCCAUCAUCGCCCAGGCAGAAUGUGAAUCUCAGGACUCGCAGGAAUUCUGUCCCAACAGCAGCAACUACAGGGCAACACUUCCCAUACCCAAAGGCUCGAUCUGUCAGCGGCAGCCGAGGAAAAAACGACGGAAGAGGCAGCGACGGAGGGUCUCACAGAAAGAGGGCCAACAGAGGGAUGGAGGGAAUGACAGAGUGGGAGAAAGAGGAACUACUAGAGUACCACAGCAGGACAGUGGAGAGCAGAGAAAGUCUGUCUGUGCAGGAGACAGCGGAGCCAUGCUUCUCUUACUCAGGCCUUAUAAACCAUCCGCUGUCUUGCACAUCCUGGGUGAUGUUUUUCCUUCUACACUUGACCAAGCGUCGUAUGGCCACGAGGGCGGGCGCUCGCUGGAAACCGACUCACCAAUCAACAGCGAAACCAAAUGCAGCCUGGCACUAGUAGGCCUCAGGAAAAACGUCUCCCAGGCCGAGCUCUCCUUCGCCCCACCGUUCGCCAAACAGAUGGUCCAAGACGUGGACGAGGAAGAGGAAGAAGAAGAAGACGAAGAGAACGGAGUGGAAGAGAGCGACAUAAACGAAGGCAUCCUCUGUAAAGAGGAACUAAAGCCCCGGGACUACGAGUAUCGCGAAGGAAGGGAUUACGAGCUUUGCGAUUAUAUAAAGCAAGGCACAUUCGGAGUCGUCUACAGCAUCAGGGAUAAAUCCAGCGGCUUUGUGUGUGCUGCCAAAAAGGUGCCGUUGGAACGGUUCAGAAGUGAGGAGGUGGGCUCGUGGAGUGCCCUCCAGUUUCCUCAUGUGGUGGAAUUUUUCGGAUUUGUCCGAGAGGGUCGAUCCGUCAUCCUGUUUAUGGAUCUCAAAACCGACUCUCUGGGGCAGUUGCUGUCACAAAGGGGUCGCCUGCCCGAGGAUCUCUCCCUGCACUACAUGCAUCAGGUCCUGGGGGCGCUAGAGCACCUACACAAGAGGCACGUCAUACACUUUGAUGUCAAAGUGGAUAAUGUGUUGUUGUCCGAGGAUGGGAAAAACACAUUCCUUUGUGACUUUGGCGAGUCCGAAAAUCUAGACGUGUCUGGAUUCAGCCCUUUUCAAGCUCUGAAGGGGACGGAGACUCACAUGGCUCCCGAGGUGGCACGUGGAGAGAAGCGCUGUGCCAAGGUGGACGUGUGGAGCAGCUGCUGCAUGCUCCUGCACAUGCUCAGUGGCUGCCAGCCGUGGAUGCGCUACUACUCCCGCCCUCUCUACCUCAAAAUAGCCGAAGAGCCGCCGCCCCUGAGAGAGAUCCCUCCCGACUGCAGCACUCAUACUGCUGACGUCAUCAAACGGGGACUUCAGAGAGAGCCGAGCCAAAGAGCCUCAGCGAAGGAUCUCCGAGUUCAAACAGCCAAAGCACUUAAACAAAUGGGAGGUCUUCGGAGCCCAGCAAGGGGAGGAGCCUAUGAAAAGCCAAUCGAGAAGCCAGAAAGGCAGGCACCCAGCCCCGUCUCCAAAAGCUCUGUGCAGCAGUGGAUGGGCCCAGGGCAUGAGCGGAGAAAGCGGGCUGGACCCAAGACCAAACCAAAAUGCAAUACGCAACACGUGGAAAAAGUGGACGAUGCGAAGGAGGGGAAUGUCAGGGAGGAAGAGAUUGUGUUGAGAAAGGACAGUUACCUUGCUCCGACUUCACCGGUUUACUUUCCUUCACCGCCACACGAGUCACACAAACCCACAGAGCAAGAGCUUCGCAAACUCGAGAGAGAAUUUUUUUUGAGCAGUCUGUCUCAGCCACACUCAGCCGAGAAGCAGGAGGAACUUCUUUCCUGUCUGGGUAGUGACUGCCUUUCUAACAGAGAACCCGGUGAUAAAAAGGACUCCGGCCGCUGGUCAGUUGGCACCGGGGACGACCUCAGCUCAGGUGUGUUUUCCUACAACAGCCAAUCAGAUGGCCAGAGCUUCAGUAUGGAUUGGCUUGGCCCCGCCCACCAGCCUCCACCUCGCUGCUUUGAAGGAGUGGACGUGUGCAUCCGGGACUUUAACGGACGAUGUCUCCGUAUCCGCGAAACCCCCCGUGUAAAAGUGGGUCACAUCGCCAUAGGAAUCAGUGAUCAGAUCUCAGAGAGCGUGUUCAGCCUUCAAAGUGAGGACGGUUCUCUGGUGGCCCACGAUAAACAAGUCAAGGAAGCCGGCCUCUUCUUGCGCUGUGUCCCCGCCCCUGACCCCGCCCACAUUUCACGGGACAGAAAAGGAUCCGGCCGCAACCUGCCAUGGAGCUGGAGGAUCAGGGAUGGAAAGCUAGAGACCUGGGACUGAUAUCUUCAUCACAUUCUCUACUGUCUAUAUAUAUAUAUAUAUAUUUUUCAUAAUUUCACCUCGCCGAUGGUCGUCCAUUUUUUUUAUUCACCCUGUGUGAACCUUCCAGUGUGGUGUUAAAAAUAUUUCAUUCAUCUUUUCCAAUUUUGUAGGAAUUAUGAUUUCAUUGGUGUAUAUAUAUAUAUAUAUAUAUAUAUAUAUAUAUAUAAAAAGAUUUAUGCAUGCUAUGAAUUUAAACUGGAGUCAUUUCAAUUUGAGUGUAUAAUAAAUUAUCUGAUGCCCAUUAUGUAUUUUGUCACCACUGUGUAUCAACAAUAAACCUUUCAAUACAUAAUUUCUCAGCAA